AAAGAGAGUUAAUCUUUUAUUAUUAUUAUUUUGUUAGUGUGUUAUAGUGUUUAUAGUGUAUAUAGUGUGAGAGUGUGAGAGAGUGCAGUGAGAGAUGGCUCGUGCAGUUCUGAAAGCUCUGAUUUUCCUCACAGUUUCUCUUCAUCUUUCAUCAGCAGAAUAAUCCUGCACUCCUCAGUUCUCCUCAGAACCUGGUGACGCGACUGAAUCCUGAGUUCUUAUUGGUCGGGACUCUGAGUUGUGAUUGGUCAGAGCGCUGAUAUAAAAACUCCUCCCCCCUCACAGGAGACACAUUCCCGCUGAAGACAGGAGCGACAGCCGGAUCUUUAACUCUCUCUCACCGAGUUACACAGCGCUAAAGAGAGUUAAAUAGAGUUAAUCUUUUAUUAUUAUUAUUUUGUUAGUGUGUUUAUAGUGUUUAUAGUGUGUUAUAGUGUUUAUUGUGUUUAUAGUGUGUAUAGUGUGAGAGUGUGAGAGUGUGCAGUGAGAGAUGGCUCGUGCAGUUCUGAAAGCUCUGAUUUUCCUCACAGUUUCUCUUCAUCUUUCAUCAGCAGUCACACACUCUCUGCAGCACAUCCUCACUGGAGUUACACCAGGAAUAAAUUUCCCAGAAUUCACUGCUGUGGGUCAGUUGGAUGGAGAGAAGUUUGCGUUCUACGACAGUAACAUCAGGAGAGUGACCCCGAAGACGGAGUGGAUACAGAAGCGCAGUGCUACAGAUCCAGAUUACUGGAGCAGUGAGACACAGUAUGCGGAGGAUCAACAGGAGGUCUUCAAAGUCAGUGUGGCCAGAAUGAUGCAGCACUUUAACCAGACUACAGGAGUUCACACAUGGCAGCUGAUGUGCAGCUGUGAGCUCGAUGAUGACGGCACCACAAGAGGAUACAGUCAGUACGGUUAUGAUGGAGAAGAUUUCAUCAGUCUGGAUCUGAAAACUAAAACAUGGACUGCAGCUAAACCUCAAGCUGUGAUCACCAAACACAAGUGGGAGGCUACAGGAGCUGCGGCUAAUGAGUGGAAGAUCUACCUGGAGAAAGAAUGUAUUGACUGGUUAAAGAAGUACGUGUCUUACGGCAGAGAGACUCUGGAGAGGAAAGUUCGUCCCCAGGCUUCAGUGCUCCAGAAACACUCUCCUUCUGCAGAGGUGGUGUGUCAUGCUACAGGUUUCUUCCCCAAAGCAGUGGUGAUCUCCUGGCAGAAGGACGGAGAGGAGGUGCAUGAGAACGUGGAGCUCAGAGAGACGUUACCCAACCAGGAUGGAAGCUUCCAGAAGAGAAGCAUUCUGACAGUUCCAGCUGAGGAGCUGCAGAAACACACCUACACCUGCGUGAUUCAGCACAGCAGCUUGGAGAAGGAGUUAGUGCUGCCUGUGAGAGGUGGAGGAUCAGAUGGAGGAUCAGAUGGAGCACCGGUUGCUAUCAUCGUUGCUGUAGUCGCGGCUCUCGUUGCUCUCGUUGCUCUCGUUGCUGGAAUUGUGGUCUGGAAGAAGAAGAACUCUGGCUUCAAACCUGUUCCAGCCAAACCCUGCUCUGAAGGAGAUUCUUCCUCCAACAACUCUUAAAGUGGGACUGUGUGUCUUCCUGCUGAACUGAGAGAGAGAGAAGAGGAGACGGAGAUAAGGACAGAGUUUAGCGGAGAUUAAAGAUUGUUUCGACUCGCACACAGCUUCAGUCCUCCGUUACACUGAGGGUGACGUCAACAGGCAGCGGUGUUUCAGCUGGAAGGAAGCUGGUGUCCGGCUCUGCUCGGUGUUGUGUCGUGUUCUCCAUACUUUAUAUUUUUUUCUGUUGAUUAGUGAUUCUGAUUUUGAACUCAGUCCUGACAUUGAGCUCGAUUGGUCCCUCGUGCUUAGAAUACUUGGUCUCUGUAUAUAGUUUGUACCUUUGUAUAUAGUAACUGUUUUCUACAUUGUAAAUAUUUAUAAGGAGCACUUUAUUAGGAACACUGUACUAAUACUGGCUAGGGCCUCCGUUUGCUCUCAGAACAGCCUCAGUUUUUUGUGGCCUGGAGUAAUGGUUAGAAGAGUAGCAUAAUCCCAGUUUUACACACUAGUAUAUCUUGCUGUUUUUUGUGAUUUGUAAGUAUUUUAAAUAAACUGUAAGUAUAAA